CAUGGCUUUAUCCACUGUAAAUCUGAAGUCACAAAAGUGUCUCUUGACAUUUUACUCCUGGUCAAAGUAGACGAGCAUAUGAAGACUCUCUCCACAUCCUCCAUUUUAAAGGGCACAAUUCCCACCAAUUCCUAGUCUUCUGAGGUUUGGCUGGAGAGUCGGACAUUGAAAAUGGCUUCUUAAAGAUAGAGGUGGGUUCCAGGAAAGUAGGGUCUAGGACAGAGCACUUCAAGUGAGGUGAGGAGAAGACGGACGGUGCAGAGGACCAGAGAAGGUCUGAAGAAGAGUGAGGCAGAAAACAGGACAGACUGCUAAACAUUUAUCACAUGAUUGGCCUCAGCAGAAUGUAAUGAGGCAGAUUAUGUUGGAACACGUAAGGUACCCGCAUCCAGUUUGUCAGGUUCUGAAACUGAUAAAAAGCCGUUGAUGUGCGUUGCCUGUCCACUCACUGCACCAUGGGUGUUAACGUGCCCGGGCUCAUAGUCUUGCUGCUCUUCUACUUGCUUGUCUUUGGCACUGGCAUCUGGGCAUCCAGGAAGUCCAAGAGGGCAAAAGAGAGCAGAAGUGCAAACUGGUCAGAUGUUACGCUUCUGGGGAACAGAGGAAUUAACCUGGCAGUUGGAGUCUUCACUACAGCAGCUACUUACGUUGGAGGAGGCUUCAUUGUUGGAAUCUCAGAGCUGGUGUACACUCCGACCUGGGGACUGGUCUGGACCGUCAUCCCAGUCUCAGCUGCUAUGGCAUUCAUUGUGGGUGGCAUUUUCUAUGCGAAGAAAAUGCGACAGGGAAAAUACGUGACGAUGAUGGACCCCAUCCAGAGGAAGCUUGGAACGGCUGUCAGUGUGGUUUUGUCAGUGGCUCUCUUGGUGUCUGACAUGUUCUGGGUGCCUGCGGGUCUGAUCAGUUUAGGCAGCACUAUGUCCAUCAUCCUCGACCUGUCCUACAACUUGUGUGUUUGGAUCUCAGCUGCGGUGGCUGUCACCUACACACUCUUAGGAGGACUGUACUCUGUAGCGUACACUGAUGUCUUACAGCUGGUCCUCAUAUUCGUCAGUUUGUGGCUCUGUGUUCCUUUCGUGCUGAUGUCGGAACACUCACUCGACAUCACACAAACUGCUUUGAACUUCACGUAUCAAGAUCCGUGGGUCGGUUCGGUCGACAUAGACAGAGUGUGGAACUGGCUGGAUCAGCUGCUGCUGUUGUGUUUCUCUUUUCUGGGAAGUCAGGGGUUUCACCAGAGGAUGUUGUCAGCGUCCUCACCCACCACAGCCAGACUGAGCUGCUUCAUCGCAGCCCCUGUCACAUUAAUGUUAGCAGUUCCACCAGUAUUGAUCGGCGCCGCCGCCACAUCAACAGAUUGGAACCAGACUUCGUACGGCUCUCCAUCACCGUACGAGAGAGACGAGGCCAGCUAUAUUCUCCCCCUGGUCUUGCAACACCUCACUCCAAGCUAUGUGUCAGUUAUUGGCAUUGGAGCUAUUGGUGCUGCUGUGAUGUCAUCGACAGACUCAGCUCUUUUGUCGACAGCUUCCAUCUUCUCCUCCAACAUUUACAAGAGCAUCCUGAGGACCAAUGCAUCAGAGAGGGAAAUGCAGUGGGUGGUCCGAAUCACAGUCGUGUUGGUGGGCGUCGUUGGAACGUCCUUAACUUUUCUUAACAACAGCAUCAUGGUUUUCUGGAUUGUGGGAGCUGACAUUGCAUACGUCUUCACGUUCCCUGCUCUCACUUGCGCCCUGUUCUGUGAGUUCUCCAACGGCUAUGGCGGCAUCAUGGGAGUCUUCAUCGCGCUGCUAUUGAGAGUGCUGAGUGGAGAACCAGAGUUUGGCUUGCCAGCAGUCCUCCAUUAUCCAGGAGGCACAGUCAAGGACGGCAUGUACAUCCAGCGCGCCCCUGUCAGCACCAUCUGUAUGCUGAGCAACCUGCUCGCCACCAUCUUCUUCUCUUACUUGACUUCGCUGCUGUUCAACAGAGGAAUUCUGCCUGAAAAAUGGGACAUAUUUGCAGUUAAAGGCCGCCAACCAUGCAAAACCACUGAUGUGAACACUGAGGAGAACUGUAAGAGAGAAACUGAUCACAUGACGGAAACAUCUCCGCUGGAGACAUCGGCCCUUUGAUAUGUGUUGAGUAAUAGCUGAGAUAAAAACUCACUGAUUACAGUUCCAUCAUCAUUCCAUUUUCUGUCAUACUGACAAGUUGCUGACCAGCAACAAGCGAUCCUUAUUACAAUAUAUCGGGACAUGGUAGUGAUGAUGGCAUUUCUCUUCAUCUCUUGUACCUCUGUGUAGAGCUAAUCCAGUUGACAUGCGUUAAAACCACCUUUUAGUCAAAGAUAAUAUUCCUCCGUUUUUUCACCCCCAUCCAUCCAUUGUUUUUCACACCUGCCCCAAGUAAAGACGGCCAGACUUCCAUUCCACCACAAGCCUCCGAGCCACCUCAACAGGCUUCUGACACUGGAGCCUUGUUAGUCGAUAGGGUGUCUCUCUGAUGAUUGAGUUGCUGGUUCAGUCUUAAGGCCCAGUCACGAAUUUUGCCUUGUUGCCACAGAGUACCCACAAACAGGAGGGCAGUGAAUUAAGAGCGUUGCAAUUUGGCUGAGCUCUUUUAUCAAUAGGACACACCAAUAGUCACGAUCGACCAAUUGCACGCACCAUUCUUCUCUCACUCUGGAACAAACCCCAACAUAUGUGAACUCUUCCACCUUAGCUAGUGUUGAUUUGAGGUCUCAUAUUCUCAAAAAAUAUGUAUUGGAUUUUAAUGACUUACAUGAAUAAAACAUGUUUAUUCCUGUGUCGUACUCUUAUGCUUGAUAUAUAAAUUGGGACUAGCCUUUUUUUGCAGUGUUGCGAAACUUCAGUACAGUGCACCUCAAUACAGUUCAGCCGGAUUCAAGUGGAAACUCAAGUGGCGGAUUGAGCCGUUUCGGCUCUGUGUAACUGGC